UCCUCCACCAGUGUGUGUGCGCGUGUUGUGUGUACAGUGUCGGCCGUCAACCCCGACAUAAUAUAUAUAUGUAUACAUCUUUAUAUAUAUAUAUAUUUAUUUACACGGCAAGAUUUUAAACAGUGUGUUGUCAUUAGUUUGGGAUUAACGGAUGAAAAAAGAAAGAACAGUGCAAGAAUUUCUGAAAAGAGAAAUGACUUUUUAGUGGUGAAAGGAAUUCUUGUAAAUUGUUAUCAACCAAAAGACUGUGAUUUUUGGUUCCUUAAUAGAAACUGACUGAUACACCUUCCUUAUUUAUCAACAGAAAUAAUUUGUUUUUGUAAUAGUUCAGUGACGCAUAACGCCCCAAUACACGGCUCAAGUGCCUUCACCAGUGAUAAAUUGGAGGAAAAUUUUAAGGAAACUGACGUGACCCUUUAUACUGUACUGUACUGUACCACGUGUAGUGACCCUCCCCUCCACCACCUACUGAAGGAAUGAAAUAAAUAAUUCAUAUCGUUACUGGAUCACGUGACACACCUUGGGAUAUUACUAACUAAUUACCCGAGACAAACAUUGUAUGUGGCCUGCAACACUAAGAGCUGAGUAUUGCAAAGUUUUCUUAUAUUUGUCCACGUCAAGUUUGACCUUACUUGGAGUAGCAGUGUGGUGACUCAGGCGGACGUUAAUGUCCACCAGGGUGAGAGACAUCACUAGCGGGGGACGCCGCCUCUUGUGACAUCACUGACAGUACUCAGUCAUCACCGUGACCAACACUACUCCAGUCAUCGAGACAGCAGCACCCCGGCCGUCAUCGACGCCGACGCUUCCGGCGAACACACAUUUUUGGGACUGAUUGAAACCUUGUGAUAACCAACGAACAUCAUAGAGAAAGCAUCUGUCGAGGAUAUUUGUGAGAGCGUUAAUCACUAACAGUCUUCACCAACGAGCGGGGUAAUAGUGUUACCCGCCUCUAUUAUGUAAGGAUCACCGCCAAGCACACACUGACUGCCGCAAGAGGUCGGUCGCCGCCGUCGCUAGUGGCGUCGGGCGGGCGUCGCCUGCUGCGUGCCGCCGCUGGAGGUCAGUGUAGACAUACGGAAGACGUGUGUACGUGCAAGCGAGAGCACGUAAAGGCACGAGACAGUGCGUGUAGUGAGUAGCGGCCAGGCAGGUUUGUAUCGCCGGCGCCGUGGCUCCCCAUGCAGGCGCCGCCGACCCGCGCGCCCUGAUGACGGUGGCGUGGCGCAGCGCAGGGGACAUGGCGACGGAGGUGGGCGGCAUGGGCGGGAUGAACGGCGGGAGCGAGCACCCUGGCGAACUGAUGAAGACCGGGGCGCCCAACAUCCUGUGCACGGCGCUGCCCAACCACUGGCGAUCCAACAAGUCGCUGCCCAUGUCGUUCAAGGUGGUGGCCCUGGACGAUGUGAAGGACGGCACCAUCGUCACCAUCCGCGCUGGCAACGACGAGAACUUCUGCGGUGAACUACGCAACAACUCUGCCGUUAUGAAGAACCAGGUGGCCAAGUUCAACGACCUCCGCUUCGUCGGGAGAUCUGGCAGAGGAAAGAGCUUCAACCUGUCCAUUAUCAUCAGCACGGCUCCCAUGCAGAUGACCACCCUGACGAAGGCGAUCAAGGUGACGGUAGACGGCCCUAGGGAGCCCCGGAACAAGUCACGUGAGUGGAUUGUGGGUCACCCGGGGUGGGGGUUCCACCUGGGCUAUCAUCCGUGGCUGGAUUCGCACCUCUCCGCUCUGGGCUACAACCUUGGACUGACGGCGUUUAACCCUCUCGCGCACACUAAGGCUCUUGAGCUGGCCAGAGUGGGUGGCAACGGGUGGCUAGAUGCUUGGCGCGGAGCUUCCGGUCUGGUGGGUGGCCUCGGCAUGGGCGUGGGCAGCUCUCACCUCCCAGGCGCCGCCCUCAGCAGUCUCUCCGCCCACUCCUUACCCUCCCUGCCCGCCCACAGCCCCGCCCACAGCCACGCCCUCGCCAGUAUAACCAAUAACGAGACGCCGAGACCGAUGCUUACAGGAGAGUCACGGUGUCUUCGGUGUCGAGGAUGUGAGUCUGGCGGCCCCUGCACCUCCAUCCUCCACCACGCCACGCCGGGUUCCCCCUCCUCUUCACCUAAAGCCAUCUCCGCCUCCACCACCCCCACCAGCAGCGCCAACGGCACCACCAGCGGCAGUAGCAGCAGUAGUAGCAGCAGCAACAACAACAACGGCACCAGCAGCAUCCGGCCUCCACCUCUCGCCCCCCUGGGAGGUCUCAGCGCCUUCUCUAUCCCUCGGUCGCUGGGCGGGGCCAAGACCAAUUUCCCGUCCCGAGAGUCAUCCUUCCAGCCCGUCAAGCCUUCCAGCGAUCGCAGCCCGGAGAUCAAGGUGUGGAGGCCUUACUGAGACCUGGCCUCCUAAAGUACGUUGGCCAGCGUCCUCAGUCUGGGGUCUUGGCUCCCCACCAACCAUUGCCGGGAGAUCAAGGUUCUGGAGACCCUCUAAGAGUUCAACCCUCCACAAAGAGAGAGAGAGAGAGAGAGAGAGGCAGCGAGUGGCCGUCACCUCAGCCCCUUGAAGAGCUCACGCCACGAGACACUGACGCCGCCCACUGCUGCGGAGACCUCGAGCAUUCCACUCCUGAAGACUCGAUCUUGAGAGACAAGUGGUUGAUGAGACGAUGGGCGUCCUUCCCUUCCUGGUUGUGAUGAUCAGUAAUGGUUAAGGACGCGGAGGAAACUCUCUUCAGCGUGCGGGUGUGUGUACGAUACCCUUGUGUGUACGUGUAUAUGAAACGCCCGUGUGCGUGAUUACGUUAGUUGGAAAAAAGACUCAAUGGGUCUCUCAACUUGGAGGUGUUGAUGAUAACCUUAGAGGGAGGAGCAGGCCACCACAACCUACAUCAGUCAACCAUCUCGUUGGUAUAAACUCACAAACAUACGGGAUGACAACCCAGUGCGAGAGACAGUUGAACACGUAGGAACAUUUUGUGUUUUCGACUGUAGGAGUGAACGAUGUCACCCGACUCUCAGUUUGAAAAUAAAUAAAUAAAUGUCCUCAUGUGAGUUCUUAUACAAUAAUAUGAAAAAAGUGAGAUUACGUGUAAGUGAAUCAAGUAAUAUGCUGUUUCACGAAAGACGUUGUUCAGUGUUGGGAAGGUUUCACAGUUCAACAAGACAACAAACAGACUUUAAAAUUUCUACGAACACACGAGAAUAACAAUGUGAACACUCAAAACAGAGGGAGGAUGGUGCCACCACUUGUGAUAUAGAGCUCUGGAGGAGUGUGUGUGAGUGUGUGUGUGUCUGUGUGUGUGUGUGAGGGCGCUGUGGUGCACCAUCUUCACCACCACCACCGCCGACAACAAGUACCAGUUUUUGUUCAAUCCGUUCAGUGUUGCACAUGUGUGAGUCUCCCGGCCUCUUGGUACAAGUACAACCUUCAAGGAUAACUUCACCGUGUGGUUGUCAUGUUAUAUACAGUACACUUUAUAUAUACAAUGCCUACUGGUUGACAUAGAGCCGCGAGAGACAGUCAGAGGCACACAGUGGUUCACUACAGGGUAUGAAGGAUAUAUCACCUUUAUCUUGGGUAUAGGUUUUUCACCACUAAGGGAAGAUGUCAGUGUUCUUGCGUCAAGACUCUCCCAAUCUGUAUUCUGAGACCCGAUUUGAGGUGCUGCUUAAAUUAAAACAGUUAUUCGUAGAAGCAAGCAAAGAUCUGAUUUCAUCCUCCCUUCCCUCUCCCUAAGAGACGCCUCAACAAUCGCCGCUAAUUGGCUGAACAGCAUUUCUCGGUUAUGGCCUCCGGAUUCUGAUUGGCCAAACAAAUUUCACCCUUCUAAAUCAGGUCGACGAUUGGGCUUGAACCCUCCCGUGGAAACCGGGCAGAGCCAAUUAGAUUUUGAGUAAAGUUACGGCCUCUUCCUUCUAAUGAGGCGCCUCAAGUGCGUGUGUUAGAAUACAGAGGACGGCAGGUGUUGCACUCGUUGUAUAUAUGUCCGGCAUGUGUUGUCUAAGUCACUCUUAACCGUUGCUCCUUCAGUUCUUGUACAUAAAACAACAGGGAAUUAAGAUUUUUAUUUAUUUAUUUCACAGCUCUCGCCCCUCCCUUUCAUCCCUCCCAUUUUCACGAAAAAAAAAAUAAUCAAAUUAAAAGUGAUUUUGUACUGUAGCAAGUCCAGGCCCAGUAGUUCAGGGACGCCUGUGUGUUAUGCGUCUGUCAGGGGUGUGUCAUGCGUCUGUCAGGGGUGUCAUACGUGUCAUGCGUCUGUCAGGGGUGUCAUACGUGUGGCAUGCGUCUGUCAGGGGUGUCAUACGUGUCAUGCGUCUGUCAGGGGUGUCAUACGUCUGUCAGGGUGUCAUACAUCUGUCAGGGGUGUGUCAUGAUCCUGUCAGGGGUGCGUCAUACGUCUGUCAGGGUGUGUCGUACGCCUG